GAAGAAGGAGAAGAGAUUGAAGGCAGUUACUUUUCUUGUUUGUUUCUGGUUUAUGUAUGUGGCCGCGCGCGCUGGAGAGAGGGACCACCGACAUUCGAUGGAGAGAGUCGCAUCGCCCUGGAGAGCUCGGCUGUAAUGUAAACAGGAAUAUCAUUCAUCAGCAAUCGACUUCAUUCACGACUAGCGGUUGCUUCACAAACCAGGCAUCAUGGAAACACCAGAAAUGGAUCCAAAUGCAAAGCAGCCAGAUGCUCCUCAACAGCCUGUUGCCAGAACUUCCAAAGAAAAUAUUCUGUAUGAACUUUGCAUAAGUAAUGGGAUUCCGUACAAGAUUCUAAAAGAAGAGGAAGUCUUCCACGCUAAGUUUCUUGAGGCUUUCUUCACUUGCUUCACAUUAUCGCAAAUGCAGUACCUUGAGUGUUUUCCCAACCUGACUACACUGUAUCUUGUUGGGCAAUCGAUGCCUCGUAUAAGGGGUGUGGAAACUCUCAGAUUGCUGCAGGAGCUCUGGAUAUGUGAAGCAGAUUUAGAGGUUAUAGAUGGCCUGUCAAACAACACUAAUCUACGUAAGCUCUAUUUGUACUGCAAUAAGAUACGGAAGAUAGAAAAUCUGAACCAUCUUGCCAAACUAGAGGUGCUAUGGCUAUGUUCCAAUAGGAUCAAAGCAGUCGAGGGCCUACAUGACCUAAAAGAUCUGAGAGAACUGAAUCUGGCUGACAAUAACAUAAUGACACUGGAUCAGUCGCUUAAUGCUUUAACAAAAUUGAAAGGGUUGAAUAUUUCGGGUAACCGAAUCACAUCAUUUAAGGAGUUGUUCAACUUGUCAAAGCUGCCGGCUCUACGCAACCUUGACUUAUGGGAUAUCUCAUAUACACCGAACCCAAUAUGUCUACUCUGCAAUUAUAUGGCACUCGUCUUGUACACCUUGCCCAAUCUCGUGAAGCUAGAUAACCAGGAUGUUACGGGCAAAAGUCUCAGAGCCAGCAUAGUGAAUAUAAUUACAAAAAAGAGGAUGUACUAUACCAUGUGCAAAAAGACUCUGGAAAAGAAAGCAGUUGUGGAAAGCCAUUCAUUGGAGGAGAAAGUUAAGCAGCUGCUUACAAUUCCAAGAGCGUGCAUAGCAGCGCUGGCAUUAAUAGUACAGGAGGCUGACAGGCAACUGAGUAAGGAAGGAAAACAGAAUGCAGGAGAGGAGAGUAGCGAAGUAAAAGCUCACAAAGCUAAACAAGUCACCUUGAAGGAUCGCAUGCAACGUUGGGAGGGGAAAGUAGCAGCGGUGGUUGAACAUUUGACAACUAAAGAUGCUGAGAUUAGAAGAAAGUGUGAUAUUGCUAUAGCAAAACUUUCUUGCGAGAUGCAGUCGGGAGGCAACAUCACGUUUGAAGAUGGAACUUCAAACAAUCCCUGGUACACGGUUUGUGAGCACUUUGUCAGUUCUCGCUUUAACCCGGAUGACUUCAAACCAUAUGGAUUCAACAAAUUACGGGUGAAAAAUGUGACACGUGUGCAAAACCCUCUGCUAAUCUCAAAUUUUGAAAACCACCUACAUAGAGAAGUGCAAGAUGAUGACAUCGAAGUCAGUUGCAAUAUAGAGGAAAAUACACUGGACUACCUCUUUUAUGUGUUUGACCCAACGAUAACGAAUGAGCAGAUCAUGGAAGCAGUAGUUGAUGGAUUCCAUUAUCCGGAUUACUACCAGAAGGUAAGAGGUGAUGCUGGUGUUCCCUUGGCAAGCACUCUCUACCUAUGUGAUAGAAAGCGAUUAGAUCACGCUCUUGAACAAGUUGGAUGCGAUAACGAGGCAUCAGGCUAUAUUAGUAAUGUGACUGUUCUUGUCUGUGAGGUGCUGCUAGGAGAGAGAAUCACUCAACAUUUUCCUAAAAGAGCCAUAAAACUUGAAGAGUACCCUGUCACAGAGUGUGUUUACAGGGUUAACCAGGUAGACAGAUUAGGAGUUGACGAAUGCAGUUGUGAGAACAAGGGUGUGGAGUGGUUCAUUUUUAACCCAGAGCAGGUUCUACCAGAAUAUCUCGUGCAAGUUGAAUACACCAACAAUAAGAUCGAACAACAAGAGAAACAGUUUUCUGCGAUUUACUUAGAGCUGGAGAACCUGACUAGUGACGUCGAUGAUAACAUCAUUGCAAUGAAGCCCGUCGUCACACUGAGAGAUCCAAUGAGCGACAUCACCCCGGAGUUUCUUCUGAAAGAUUGCGCAGUCGCUGACCUCCAAUCCAUUACGGACCUCAAUCUGCACGCCCUCGGCCUCACGCAGAUGAGCGGACUUGGCAGUCUAAAGAACCUGACAAACUUGAUCGUCACCUGCAACGAAUUGACUUCUUUACAAGACUUGUCGAAUAUUACUUCACUUGAAACUGUUGAUGCUAGCUUUAACAAAAUUACUACACUGGAGCACAUGAAGAACCUAUGUGGGUUAAAGAGUUUAAACGUUGAUCGCAACAUGCUCAAUGAGUUUCGAGUGCAGUUGGCUGUGCUACGAAAGCAAGCACCAUUACUGGAAAAACUGUCAUUGAAGGAGAAUCCACUGAACAAGCGGUUGGCUGGAGACGUCCGUUUGAGGAUAAUUGGACGUCUAAAGGGCCUCACUGAAUUGAAUGGCGAGCCAGUUACAGAAGACGAAGUGAAGGAGGCAUUUCAGUUCAUAGAUCACCGCCGCGUUACACAGUCUCUGCUCCAGAGUGGGUGGUGCCCUGGUGCGAGGACAGAACUGACAAUCCCUCCCUGGCUCUCGCUGAACAAUAAUGCCCAGCUGUUGUUCUCUAUCUGCAAGAUCAGAGCAAAAGCAGACAAUGUUAGCAAGAUUACAUCGUUGUGUUUUGAUGGCCAAAAGUUGGGCAAACUGUCAGACAUGGGAAAACUUGUAAAUCUGAAAUAUGCAUCAUUCAACAAUAAUCAAAUAACUAAAAUCGAGGGCCUGGAGGAGUGCUGCCACCUGGAGGAGCUGGCGAUGGAGCACAACUGCAUCACGCGCGUCGAGGGGCUCUCGACGCUGCAGAAGCUGCAGUCGCUGCACCUCGCGCACAACGAGAUCGCGAGCGUCGACGCGACGGUGCUCGGCUGCCUUCGCUGCCUCACCUACCUGUCACUCGAGGACAACCGCAUCGCGUCCUUGGCCGGCCUCGAGAAGGUCACGACCCUCGUCGAGCUCUACUUCAGCAACAACCUGGUGGCGAACAUCUCCGAGAUACCGUCGCUGAAGAGUAUGACCUUUCUGUGGGUGCUGGACCUAUCUGAAAAUCCUGUCUCAGUAGAUAAGAACUACCGUCUUCACGUGGCAUACUUUGUCCAAAGUCUUAAAAUGUUGGAUGGGGAGCGCGUGAGUGAACAAGAGAUAGAAGCUGCUUGCCACGCCUUUGGUGGAUGGUUAUCAUUGGACAUGCUGGCAGAACAGUUAGGGCACAGACACUUUGAUGAUGUCCUCCAACUUGAUCUCGUCAAUCUAGGCAUUCGACACAUGGACUCGAGCAUGGCUGGUCAGCUAACAAAUCUAAGAAGUCUGAACAUGGAGAACAACAACCUGACAACACUUGCAGGAAUUGAGUGUUUAGUGAAUUUGAAGGUGCUUUGUGUGAACAACAAUAAAAUCGAGAAUAUUCAGGAACAGACGAGUAGACCAGGCAGUGCAAACAGUGAUGAUGGAGUCUCCACAGAGACAGUGAUGCCAUCAAUAGAGGUUCUACACAUUGCUAGCAAUGGCAUCACAGACAUGGUCGCUCUGAAACUUGGCUGCGUGCCAAACCUCACGACCCUCUUCUUACAAGGAAACGAGAUAACGGUGGUUAAGGGUUUGGAACAACUACGAGAACUGAAGGAGCUCGUGCUCGAUAGGAACAAGAUCAAGUUGUUGACAGAGACCUCAUUUUGCUGUCAGUGGAAACUUCAG